AUGGCGUCCUACUUCAUUACCGGCACAUCCCGCGGCAUUGGCCUCCAACUCACGGCAUCGCUUGCAUCCCGACCUUCCUCAGAAGUCUCCAAGGUGUUUGCAGCUGCUCGCAAGCAGUCCGAUGACCUGAAGAAGCUGAUCGAUGGGUCCAAUGGCCGUGUUCAAUUCGUACCACUCGAGGUCACAACCCCGAAGAGUGCAGAGGAGGCUGCUCAGAUAGCGGAGAAGUCCCUCAAUGGCCAGGGCCUCGACUACCUGAUCAACAACGCCGGCAUCAUGAACAUAACCCCGAACGGGAUCGUGGAGAUGAAUGACUUGAGCGAGACCUUGAACACAAACGUCGUAGGAGUCCACAACGUCAUUGCCGCCUUGUUGCCCUUGGUCAGAAAGAGCAACUUGAAGAAGGUCAUCAACAUGUAA